GUUGAACCCCCUUUUCGAAUUGCAACGAUUCUACCUUCAACGUUUGCUCUCAAACACCGAAGAACGAAAACGUGACAAUUCUUCUUCAUCAUCAUAUUUUCUUCUUAUCAUUUUGAUUCUGCUGUUGCGAUUCCACAAUGGGCGCGAAAACGCGGUCUCAAGUCUCAUCAGAACGUCAAAAUUGGGAUAAAAUCUUUGAGGGUUUAGUUGAGAUGCUAAAAACCCAGCAAGAGCAGCUUGAAACACUGGCGAAAGAGAGAAAGAUUCUCGAAGAUCGGAUCAAGAUGCAGUAUGAACGGUGGGUCUCUGAUGUUCGCCUCUACGAAGAUCACAUCUCUCAGGUGAAGAGUGAUUUGGCAUCGAAAGAGAUGGCGCGUGCGCUUGAGGCUGCAAAAGCCGAUUUGAUGGUAGGAUUGAAGCAUAGAGAGACUUAUCUUUGCAAAUUGAAAUUAGAGGAAACAGAGGACGAAUUGACUGAUUUCAGAGUCUGGUUUGACAUCCUCAGUCAAAAUUCAAAAGAUAUUUCUCAAAGGGACCAUGAAGAAACUAAAAGAGGAAUGUCAGGAUGUAAGGGUAGUGGUUCAAAGUCUGUUACUGUGAGGACAUUGGAAGGCGAUGUAAGAAGGCUAAAGCUUAAGUAUGAAAAUCUUGCUUCAGAGAAGAACUCUCAAAUAACUGCACUUUUGGCAGAGAAUAAGUUUGCAUGGAAUCAAUUCAAUGUUCUGGAAAGUCAGUAUACGGAUAAAUUAAACAGCAAGGAUUCUGAACUUGAAAAAGCUAACCAGAAGAUUGAGGCACUUAUUUCCAACAUGGAGGAGCUGAAUUCAUCUAAUGCUGAAAAGGAUGCAAUAAUUGAGAGAUUAAAAGCCGAAGUGUCUCAGAAGGAGGCUGAUGCGAGUAAAUUCCAUGAAGUUGCUAAAAAAUCUAGGGAGGUCGAGUUGUUGAGAAAGUCCAGAAGUGCUUCUUGUACUCCUGUCAUAAAGCGUUGCUCUGCAGGCGGGAGAACUUCUGUUCUGGGAGGUAAGCAUGGUGGCAGGGAUGGAGGCAAUGUUAUUGUGAAGAAAGAAACCUCUGCUUCUAAUGUUCCCGAUCUUCUGAAGGACAGUGGAAAGGGAAGCAGAAGCUCAAAGAGAAAAAAGGAUGAUGUUAUACCCAUUUCUGAAACUCCAAAAUUGUUCACUUCUACAUUUAAAGUUCCCAGAUUGAAAGCCUCCUCUCCCAAGACAAGAUGACUUGCCUUCUGAGUUCACUCUUCAUGUAUUUUUAUUUUAUUGAGCUGCAAUCAUGGCAGCUCAUGUAAUAUUGCCUCUAUGUAUAUUAAUCCAAUAUCCUGAAGCAAACAUCUCUGUAAUUUUGACCAACUUUUAAUUGUACAACGCUAAUUAUUAAUGAAUUUUAGUGUUUCCGAUUUGUC